AUUACUUGCCCCAAUAUGGAUGAGUCAAUCCAUGAUCUUUUCACAGUCCUCAUCAAAUCUGAGAGCAUGGUGUUUGAAGAAAAGAAGAAAUGCCAGGAAGCGAAAGAUGAAAUUAAAGAGUUGGAAAUGCAGCAGAAGAAGAUGAAAAGGAUGAUAUCUGAAAGCAAAGAGAAAAUACGGCAAAUGGAACAGGGACUUGUGUGUUCACAAAUGGCUGUUUCUCAACUUAUAUUUCGGGAAGAGCUGCUGUGUGCAAAUACUGAAAAACUUAAAGCAGAAAGUUCAGAGCUGACAUCAAAACAAACACUUCUGGAUGAAGCCAAGAGCAAAGUGUUGGUAGCUUUCACAGAAACAGCAGCAAACUUCUGCCAAACUUAUGGUUUAGGAAAUGAUAGCAGAAAAGCAAGAGUUACACAGGCUACAAAACAAAUUCAGGAGCUGCUUGUGAAAAAACAAGAAUUACUCUUGGAUCUAAAGACUUCAGAAGAAGAUCUGUCUAAAGUCAAUGAUUUCAUGGCAAGAAAUGUUCUUGUUCACCAACGUACAGAUAGUAUAUCCAAGGAAAUGGAAAGCCUUGCAAGGCUUAUGGAAGAUGAGGAAUCAGCUCUGAGGGUACUUCAGGAAGAAACAACACGUCUAAUUCAAGCCUCAGAAACAGAUGAGCAGUUUAUUAGAGUCCAGCAAGAGAUAGAAGCUUGUGACGUGGAAGGCUUAGAGUCCCAGGCUGAAGCUCUGCAAGCCGAACUGUCGGAGCUGAAUCAGCAGCUGGAGCACAAAGAGCGUAAACAGCAAAGAAUGCAAUACCGACAGUGGCUACGCCAACGACAACAGAAGACCACUCUGGAGUCACUACAGGGUAACAGAAAAGAAGAAGAGUGAUAAAGCUAAAGACAUUCUGUCAACACAUCCGUUAUUGCUGUGCCAUUUCCCUUAUCAUCAUCAUCAUGGUCAAUGUCACUAUCAUUAUCAUGUAUCGUUAUCCUUAAUGCUCAUGAUUUUUAUUGCUAGUAUAAUAGUCGUAAAUCCAAACAUCAAUAAGAAGUAAAAGACCCAUGCUUCUGUAGUGUAACAAAGAAAGAUACAAAAUCUUGUGAAAUAAGUAUUUCUAACCCUUUGAUGCUUGUACAUGUACUAUCAGAAUACCAACAAAUUACUAUUAGAUUACUGAUUAUGUACCUGCUGAAGAAUUAUUAUUGUUAACAAUAACUGUUUAUUUUUGUCAUAUGUGUGCAGCCGCAGUGGGUGGAUCUAAAUGUGGGUGGGGCUCAGAAAUGAAAUGAGUGUAGGUUGAGUUCAAACGUAGGACCCUGGUUCAGAGGAAAGUCUAGAUAUGUGUGAAUGUGUAUGUUUGUGUACAUAUGCAAAGAGUCGUAGAAAGCAAGACAUUUCUAAUGAGUGUCCAAUGAGUGUGUUGGUUUCUGGGUCUGUGGGGAAAGUGUGUCAUGAACUUCCGAUUGUUGGGCUUUCAGAGUGCCACAGUUUUUGUAAGUGCAUGUACAUGUGCUCACUGCAUGCAACUCAGGGCUGAAGAUUCUAAAGCUGUCCAGAUGGUUUCAACUGAUUAUUUCGUUUAAUCAAGAAACAUUCAUUAAUGUAGGGAAAUAGUUGGGAGGGAGGAGGGAAGGGAGCUCAAGACCUCUGACCCUUCACUACGCCCUGCCACCGUGUGUAUGAUUGUGCCUGUGAGUGUGAGCACAUAACAAUAACAUGUGUAUGUAUAUUAUGUGUGUGCAAGAGAGGAUAUGUGAGAGUAUGUGUGUAUAUAUAAAUAUUUACAGUGCAGCCUCUCUAUAAUGACAUCGUCGGGAUAAAAAAAUAAUGUUAUAGAGAGUUGUCAUUUUAAAGUUUUGUUUACUUUGGGACCAAAUUCAAAUUAAGUAAACAAGAAUGUUCAAUCACUUUGAAACAGACAACUUGCAGUUUGCUCACUGCAAACCUGAAAAAAAAUACUUCGCAGAGCAGAACGACGAUUUUAAAUUCAAUUAGGAACAGUUCAGAUUUGGUAUGAAUGGCAGGAAAUAGUCAGAAGGAGUUAAAACGACACUCGUGAAAUUAUCACCUUUUUAAAAGUGAAACUAGAAGAUGUGCGACAUGUAACUAUUUGUGAUGCUUAAAUAUUAUUCUUGCACACUGGGUUUUUCCGAAACGGCAAUAGAAUUCUCUUUCUUUUGGUAUAUAAUAUGUGGGGGUUCCCGUGGAAAGAAAGUGUCCACCCGAUUGAGUAAAGAUUCCCUCUGUUUGUCUAGGAAUUUGGCGUAAUUCGACGACGAUAUGUCCUCAAAAAUAAUUCUUAAAAAAUGUUUAGAAUCAUUUUUGAACAAAUUUCUUGACACUUAUGAUGUAAAAAUGGUUUAUCUUUCUAAAUUUCCUAUAAUCUCGUUUGCGAUAAAAAUGAAGUUCAGGGCCUAUUUCGGCGAUAUUUCAAAAUAAAAUUCCUAACCAUCCAACGGGUUUUCUCAGAGCAGCACUCAUAAUUAUAUGGAUGGGUUCACACACAUAUGCGUUUGUGUGUGUGUGUGUUUGUGUGUAUGGGUGUGGAUAUGGCUGUCAGUGAUACACCAAACCAAUGUGCCAGCAUCUGGACAAUGAAGAUUGAUCUUAAAUUGUCAGGAGUAUCAGUAAUAGCUACAAAGUGUACAAAUUUUCUUGACUGGAAUUUAAUCAAGAAAUUAAUUCCACUAUUCCAAUGUAUCAUAUUUUUUAAAUUGUUUAUUUAAGUUUGUCUGUCUUCAAUAAAAGUACAGCAUUGAAACCCCUCUUUAUA